AUGCCUCUCAACCUAGAGAGGAAAUGUUUUGAUAAUGCCUUUCGACAGAUACCAGGGUUACAGAAAUUCUGCCUUGUACAGAAGGAUGAGAAGGCAGGACUUGCUGUUGCUCUAGUGAAGAGUCAUAGGCCACUAAAUAAAGAAGAUUAUCUUAAGUAUUUACAGUUGCCAAAGACUCGGCUGCCUAGGAGUCCUUUGAUUUAUGCUCAAGAUGAGUCAGAAGAUGAAAGUGACCCCAACGAUGGUGACUGUGAUCACAUAUUUGGUAGUCCUCCUAGGAGAAUAAUUAUGACUGAUACUGAAGGAGGAGGCAGUGAUGAACACGCACAAAAGUGUCUGAAACUGCCCAGAAGAAGCAGGACCCAUAGAAAACUUCCUAGUGUUCCCACAAGUCAGAAGACAGAGGAGAACCUCUCCCUAACCGAAGUCUUAACUAAUUACAAGAUACUGAAAGUUUUUACGGAGUUAUGCCGGUGCCAACUGGGGAAGAAGGAUUUGCUCUAUGGAGAAGUAAUGUAA